AUCGUCUAUCAAACGUUUUGCCUUUCAGUGCGACAGAGUAAAUCUGGACUUUAAUAAACAUUUGCUCUUUACAUUGUCAUUAGAAGAAAGUCAUAAUUUCGAUUGUUAUUUAAUUGAUAUUAUUCAAUUUGUAAUUUAUAGAAUGUUUUUAAUAUACAAAUGUGAUGUGAUAUUUUCAUUUUAAUUCAAGUGAGAAAAAGAGGGAAACACUUUUUAAGGUUAAAAUACUCAACGAAUGACUCGCACACGAUGGAAAAUUCGAGUGCGCAACAAGAUGCUGCAGGGUCAAAAGUCGACCCUUUUCUCACCCCCAAUCUGGUUAAAGACAAGAAAGACAUUUCGGAUAAGAAUAAAAAAAGUGAUUUGAAAAUAAAAAAUAGCGCGACCAGUCUUUUAGUGCAAAAUACAAUUUUAUUGCCAAGUAGUGUUGUUCGUGUUAAACAAUCGUACAAUAAUGAUGGAGUUGAAAAAUUAAAUGUACAAUCGACAUCGUCUGGCAGUGCAACCGGAAAUCCACGAAAUAAAACUGUCCUGGGUCCCGGUUUCAGUCUCAUGGAUUGGAUUAGAUUGGGAUCAACGGGAAUUGACUUGACUGGCGUCGGCGGUAUUCCUCAAGUUAUUACAAUGGCCGAAUUAGCAAAACACAAUAAGGAGAACGACGCGUGGAUUGCAAUAAGAGGAGUGGUGUUUAAUGUGACGCAAUAUAUGAAAUUUCAUCCUGGAGGUAUUGAGGAAUUAAUGAAGGGCGUGGGAAAAGAUGCGACAAAAAUUUUCGAUAACGUCCACGCAUGGGUUAAUUAUCAAAGUAUUCUGCAAAAAUGCGUUGUCGGAAGGCUCACACGAUCCAAUUCCAUUUCGGAACAUUCUCUAACACUAGACAACUUUGUUCUUCCAACAAUCAAAACUGAUCUUCCAAAUAAACCGAGAGAUGAGUCUGCUUCGAGUUCCAGUUCAAUUCCAAAUGUACGAAUGAAUUGGAAACAAACCACAAACACCAUAAAAUUUUUUUAUCAAUCAGUGAUUAAUUAUCCAGCGGCUAAUUAUCAAUUAACAAGAAUAGACGAUUCAAAAAUUGAGAUAGCAUUUAGUUUUGGAAAUUUUGAAAAAGACGUCGUUAGUCAUGAAUUUCAAUUAGCCGGAGAAGUUAAAUGGCCUCCACAAUGGACGAAAAAUCACGAAACAAUGGAGGUGAAUUUCAUAUUUACGAAAAAGACUGGAGCUCUAUGGAAAACCUUUGGAACAAGAACCACUGAAUUUAAGGAAAAAUUUAAAGAGAGAUUAUACAAAGAUUACGAAGUCAUUAGCAAUACUUUACUUUGCAAAGUGGUUCAUCUAAUGGUUCUAAGAGCAAAAGACUAUUUGGAGCUUGUUCCGAUUGGUCGACAUUUAGAAGCUAAAAAAAGUGUUUUAGGAACUGAAGUUUCUAGAAUGUACACACCUGUCCCUCCGUGCCUUCAUCCCGAUGAUAUGGCGCCCAAUUACACGUCCGAUUGUAUAUGUCUUAUGGUAAAAAAUUAUCCAGAAGGGGCACUCACUCCGUCCAUGACUGCUUUACAGCCAGGGCAAACAUUGAGUUUGAGCAGUGGACUAGGCACCUUCACUGUUGAAUCCUUUGACAUCUAUUCGACAAUUCACAUGUUGGCUGCGGGUACUGGUUUAACUGCAAUGCUUGGAAUUAUCCAAAGAGCACUUUGCAGACGCAAUGUAAUUUUAGUAAAUUUGGUUAAUUUUAACAAAGAUGAAGACAACAUUUUUUAUUCUAAAGAAUUAGAGCGAGUUUCUGCGGAUAAAAAGUUGAAAGUAACGCAAGUAUUGUUAAAACCUAAUGAUACUUGGAAUGGAAGGAAGGGAGAAAUUUCGAGUGAAUUAAUGUCCGAAUUAAUUGGCAAUCCAGUUAAGCAAGCUUGUAUCUUCUCAUGCGGUCCAAAAGGUUUCAUGGAAACUGCAAAAACAUUACUGAUGAAUAUUGGAUGGAGCUCGUCGCAAAUGCACGAAUUUGACGACUAAAUUUUUAGACAUAAAUUAGAGAUAACAUUAAGAAAGAAAAGGACCUAAAUGUUUGCCCACUGCGUCUAUGAAUGAAAAAAAAAAUUUCGCAAAUUUUUAGAAAUGAAUACUUUUAAUUUAAUAUAUAUUAUAUAGUUGAGGAAUACGUGAAAAAUAUUCUAUACACUACUAGUGAGCAUUCUCUCAGGUUUUUACAAAUAGGUCUACUAAUUUUUAAGUUAAUUAAUACUAAAUAAUUUAUUUAUCACAAUUAUUUUGUUUAAAAAACUGACCGACUGGAAUCUUUUUUUAUUGAAAACAAACUUCAAAGAACUUUGGCAAAUAUCUUCCAUUUUACUUAUUGAUAUUCAUGAGCUUUGCAAAUUAUUGUUAUUAAUUUUUUUCUACCUUCUUUUUUUUGAUGAAUUUUUGAUGUCGCGUAAAAUUCUAAUGGAUAACCACUCAGAAGCACUUAUUCUAAAAGCUAUUUCGAAAUUUGUUAGUUUGUAGUGAAAUAAAUGUAACUUAAGUACCUGGAGGAAUUACGGGAACAUGAUAAAAAGUAAAUAACUGUGCAAGAUCGUAAUCUAUUUUCUAAUAAUUAAUUAAUCAUUUCGACCAUUCUUCCUGAAAGUUUAGAAAUAAACCAAUAUUCUAAAA